AUGAAUAGCACCAAAUGCCUUUGCCCAUUGCAUCCGAAAUGGCGCAUUCACGACGUCGAUUCGUCCGGCGCAAGCCCAACAGGACUCUCGAUUGGGUCUAGGGUAGCGCCAUAA